AAAAAAUGGUUAAAUGCCGAUGAUAUUAAAAACUAUUUGUUAUCUGUUUCUGUUUCAGAUCGCGUCCUAAAUGAGGCCGAUAAGUCUUUAUUAUCAUAAUAUUAUAAAAACAGAAAGAUUGUAGUGAAGUCAACUCAUCAUGACCAACAUGUGGCUCCUCCUGUGCCUCGUAACCUCAGCUUUUUCCCUGAGAACCUUAGAACCUCCUCCCCCUGAAGCAUCAGCUCGGAGCUCGACCAACAUCACAGAGGGAUGGCUUCCCGUCAGACUCAAUCACUUCGAUGCUUCUAAUACAGACACCUUCCAAAUGCGUUACUACUACAACUCUCAAUUCUCUCGCGGUCCAUACAUCGUGAUCUUCGUAGGAGGUGAGUGGUCUAUAUCUCCAGGGUGGGUGCGGAGUGGACUCGCGUACGAGCUGGCCGAGAGGAUAGGGGCUGGUCUAUUCUACACAGAGCACAGAUACUACGGAUUAACAAGACCCACCAGCGGAACUACUGUAGCAGAGAUGAGAUAUCUGAGUGUGGACCAGGCCCUCGGAGACUUGGCUCAGUUCAUAGAGUAUGUGAGGAGUGAUGACUUUGAGGGUGGGAGGUUUAGGAACGCGAGAGUGGCUUUAUUCGGUUGUUCGUACGCGGGGUCGAUGGCCACGUGGAUGAAGCUUGGCUACCCUCACCUGGUCAGGACGUCCCUGUCGGACAGCGGACCGCUACACGCCCAGCAAGACUUCCCAGAAUACUUGGAAGUCAUAGCGACGGCUCUCCGAGUCCAAGGCAGUCAACAAUGUGUCGAUGAUAUUGAAAGUGCGAUGAAGAGGAUCAAUGAACUGAUAGAAACUGAAGCUGGACUCGACACCGUGUCCACACUGUUUAAUACAUGUUCCCGACUCCGUCGAUCUCAUCUGGAUCUCUCGACAUUCUUCUGGUACGGCAUCACGGAGACCUUCGCGUACCUCGUUCAAUACGCCACCCCUGGGGACAUACCACGAGCCUGUGACCACAUCACCAAUAAAACAUUAGGUGACCCUAUCGACCGUCUUUCUUCCUGGGUGACCUCUCAACCCUACACCCAGCCCUGCAUCGAGUCAAGGUACUUUGAGAAGGUGGCCUCCCACACCAACACCAGUUAUGACUCACCGGACGCCACAAUGCGUCUGUGGACUUAUCAGACGUGCACAGAGUACGGCUGGUAUCAGACCACCACCAGCUCCAGACAGCCGUUCCUCAACACUGUUCCACUGGAAUACUUCCAUCAGAUGUGCAAGGACUUCUUUAACGACAGUAUCGACGAGAAUCUUCUCCGUUCAGCCAUCGUUAGAACCAACCGUCUGUUCGCCGGCCUAGAGCACCUUCCUGACGGGGUGCUGUCAGUGGGGGGAGGACAUGACCCCUGGUCUCCUGUUGGACCUAACAAGACGCACGAGACUCAUUUAGCCCCCGUGUACGUAGUAGAUGGGGUGUCUCACUGCAGAGCUAUCAGGCCCACGGGCAGCAGUGAGACCGAACAGCUGGAGAUAACCAAACAGUCGAGUCUGUUAUUCAUGGAGGGGCUCAUGACGGACACGAGGUCUUCCAGCGCUCCCUUGCUCGCGUCACGACUGCUAGUACUCGCUCUCGUCAUACUCUAUGCUACGUUUUAAUAAAUAUUUUCUAUAGAAUUCUUUCAAAUUGCUUAACUUUAUAAUUGUCGAGUUCGAGACAUUUCUUCACGUAGAAUUGUUAAAAGUGACUUUAUGUAAAAAAUAUGUUCAACACGUGCUUUGAAAAAACGAAACCAAAGUAAAAUACAUUAAAUAAAUUAUAUUGGUAUCUACAAUCAUUUCGUAAGUUCAUUAGUUCAUUAUCACAUAACAUGGAAACUCACACAAGCCCUGUGAUGUUUGAGUCAGUGUCUUUUGGUCUCGGGGCCAUAAGACGAUUUAACAAUAUCUCUCCUGUCAUUGAACAGGACCACACUUACUUGGAUCAGUUGAGGGUAGUUUGAAAAUAAAAUGAAACAAGGGUUCAGUUUAACGAAUUUAUUAACUACACUUUGUUACAAUGUUUGUUUAACGUGUAAAGCGUCGUGGCUGCAUACGGACAGGACACGGGGACUUUAUAUAUAGAAAACCGGUUGUAGCGAGUGUCGGGUGACUGUGCAUAGUAUACAAUAUAUAAAAUAUAUUUUGAGGAAUAUAUUACAUUAAAUAGAACCUACGAAUAUCAAUAGUUCGGAAAGAGGAACGGUGUACAUGUUACAAAUAACAAUAGUUUUAUCAAAAUCGGUCAGCCGCGGAUGGCAUCAUUUGGUGUAACUCUAACCUAGGUUAUGUUAUUGUAGAUGAAGAGAGGCUCCCAGGCGGAGACGAGCAGUCGGUCAAACGACCACCAGUCGAAGUCUCGGAUCAAUGAGUCGGUUAUAAAUGAUUUCUCUUAAAUUAUUCAGAUUGUUUGUCAAGGACUUUGUCAGAAA